UCUUUAGUUCUAUUGCCCACACCAUUUUAUGUGCUAUAAUUAAGUCAAUUUCAAAGAAUUCAAGUUUUUUUGUUUUGCUCUCCUGAUUCUAGUGGCUUGUCUGAGCACAGCUGAAUGGGUGGAUCCAGAUGACGCCGAAGGCAUGAAGUGAACGGACUGAACUGAAGCACGUGACUCAGCCGGUCAACAGUGUUUGUGCUGUUCUUCAAGUAGGUCGUCAACAGUGUAAAGAAUGUUCAACAGGACAGCAUGACUUGACACUUUAAACCGGUUUGCCUGAAGAAAAUAAACAACUGGUUUCAACAUUACAUAUUAGCAUAUAUUACGUUAUAGGUACUAAAUGGCGCACGUAAUUAAAGAUGAAAGGUCUUGUGAAACCGAUGGUCUUGUGAAACACACCGGGGGUUGUCACUGCGGCGCGGUGCGUUUUGAGGUGUGGAGCGCCCCAGAUUUACACGUGUUCAAUUGCAAUUGCAGCAUUUGCACAAAGAAACAGAAUCGUCACUUCAUUGUGCCAAAAUCCCAGUUCACCUUGCUGCAGGGAUCAGACAACAUAAUCACAUACACAUUUAACACACACAUGGCCAAACACACAUUCUGCAAAACGUGCGGCGUCCAGAGUUUCUACACUCCACGCUCCAACCCAGAUGGGUUUGGUGUGGCACCUCAUUGUUUGGACCCUGGAACGGUUAACAGUGUGACUGUUGAGGAUUUCUGUGGACAGAACUGGGAGGAAAGUAUGCAGGAGCAUAAGACUAUAAAAAACAUGUCAAAACCAACAACACAGAACACAUAACUCUCUGUAUCCAGUGGUCAUUUGAUGUGUUAGACCACAAAUCCAGUUCCUGGAGGGCCGCAGCUCUGCACUGUUUAGUUCCAACCCUGCAUCAACACACUGACCUGUAGGUUUUAAACAAGGGUUAAAGCUAAACUCUGCAGAGCUGCGGCCCUCUAGUAACUGAGUUUGCCACCUGUGUGUUAGAUUUUCAGCUAGAGGACAUAACAUGUAUUGUCCUGCUUAACACAUGUUAAUUGAUGCACUAUUAACCCAAAAUCACAGUUUGGGUUCGGGUAUUGGUUUAAGCUCCUAAUGUAUAUGUUAGUGCACUCCUAAAAGUUGCCAUAAUUCACUUUUAUAGAUAUUUGCAUGACAUUUAUUUUCUGAAAAAACUACUAAAUGGACUAAAUGACUCCUUGAUGAAUCGGCACAUUCCGAUCUGAUUAAAUAACAUACUGUAUUGA